AUGAAACACGGUGCUGAGGUGCACGAUAUUGGGGCGAUGCUGGAGGGGGCAGAGGCACCUGUAAGUGAAAAGUGUUGCAUCUACAGAGUGCCCUUUCGUAUUCGCAAACUCAACGAAGAUGCCUACACCCCAAUGGUUGUUUCUGUUGGCCCUUUUCACCACAAUGCUCAUCCUGGCCUGCACAACAUGGAAAAACACAAACUCCUCUAUUGCAAGGCCUUUCUUCAACGAACCAAAACUACCAUCGAUACCUGGAUCCACUACUUAGAAGAGGAGUUGUCUUUUAUUCGUAGCUGUUAUUCAGAAACCAUUGACUUGGUGAGUAAGGAUGAACUGGUAAAGAUCAUCCUUGUGGAUUCCUUCUUUAUACUUGAGCUCUUCUGCAGAUUCGCUGAAGGAGAACCAUUAAGAAAUGACGUGUGUCUAACAAAAACAUGGUUGUUCACUCAUAUACAAUUAGAUUUGUUGUUACUUGAGAACCAACUUCCUUUUUCUCUUCUCGACGCUCUGUUCAAUAUGUCCUUCUCUAGAUCUGAGGGUCUUCCUUCAUUUCUUCAGCUCACGUUUGAAUAUUUUAACGAUUACAAUAGAUCCAACAUGAAUUCUGAUAAUAUUAGCAUAAGCAACUUUACGGAUCUGCUUAGAACUUUUAACCUGAAACAUCCUCUACACGAACAACCACACAGGAUUCAAGAAUUUGUGAAACAUUUUCCUAGCGCUACUGAGCUGUCUGAAGCAGGAGUGAGGUUUAAGGUAAACACGGAAAAGAAGUGCUUGCUAGACUUUAAAUUUGCAGGAGGGGAUCUGGAAAUCCCACAGUUGGAGGUGCAUGAUUGGACUGAACUUUUGUUUCGGAAUAUGGUGGCUUUGGAGCAGUGUCACUAUCCAGAAGAAUCCUACAUUACAGACUAUGUUAAGAUUUUGGACGUCCUUGUAAACACCAGCAAAGAUGUGGAUGUACUGAUUCGAAAGAGGGUGCUGGUUAAUUGGCUAGGGGAUUCUGACAUUGUGGCUAAAUUGUUUAAUGGUCUUAUGCAGAAUGUCACAGAAUCAAAUGUCAGUUCCCAUUUCUUAAGUCUCCGGCAAGAAUUGAAUGACUUUUACAGAAAUCCUUGGAAUAAUUUGAAGUCAACUCUCAAGCGUGAUUAUUGUAGAACUCCUUGGCAAACUGCUGCUACUGUUGCAGCAAUUGUUCUUCUUAUUCUCUCUUUCGUUCAAGCAGUCUGUUCUGUCUUGCAAGUUCUACCACACUAA